AUGAAGAUGAUGACAACGACUGCUGAAGAUGCUGACGAUGGUGUUGAUGACGAUGACGCUGACGAUGAUGAUGAUGAUGAGGAUGAUGACAAGGCGGAUGCUGAAGAUUAUCUUGAUGACGCUGACGAUAAUGCUGACGAUGAUGAUGACGAUGAUGAUGAUGAUGAUGAUGAUGAUGAUGAUGAUGAUGUGCAAUGACGGAUGCUGACGAUUUUGUUGAUGACGCUAACAAUGACGAUGAUGAUGAUGAUGAUGCUAAUGUUCUUGUACUCAGAUGAAGAGAACCACAGCUCCGUAAAUGGCCAUGGCGUCUUCACCUGGUAAGCACCUUUCUCCUUCUUCAAUUAGUGACUCGAUCUCCAGUCGCCUCUCUUCUCUCGCUUAAAUAUCAACUAAGGAGGUGCGUGGAAAAUGCUCCUCGCUCACAUGCUGUAAUAGUCUCACGUGACCAUUCCCUGACCAAAAGAGUCGAAAGCGGAAGGCUGAGAACGAGUCAGCUUCAUAAGAGCAACGGCAAAGACCCAUAACUGAAACGAGAAGUGUCAGGGAAAACAAGCUUUAAAACGAGAGGAGUCGUAAGCUUUCCGUGCUUUACUUAUUGAAGCUGUAAACUGCAAAGGAAGAACAGAAAACGCUUUCUCGAAUAAGAUAUCAUGGGUUUCAAACUCCAUAAAAUGGAUCAAUUUUGUUCAAUUCAGUUGCAUUCAAAACAAAAUAGAAGUGGGAAUAGACAUUGAACGCACCUGCCCCUAUGAUAAAUUUAAGGCUGUAAAAAAAUACACAACGAAAAUACUCUGCAGCUAUAGUAAAAUAAACAUGGGAGAUUCUUGUUUAAAAUUUAAAAAAGGUGAUUCCAAACUGUUUCGUCCCAACAGCACCCAUGAAGAAAAGAGUGCAAUUCAAGAGUCCUUAUAUAUCAGUCAUAUUGGAGGGAGAGCGUGGAUGUACUUGCACUACUCUGGCU